AUGGCGUCCAACAUCAAAGUGUUCAUCCGCGUGCGUCCUGGACGACCAGCUCCAGGCUUCAAGGUUGAUGAGGAGAGGAAGACUUUGGUGUUCGAGCAUGAGAAGACUUCGCCAGAUUAUGAUGUGAACAACCAAAAAGCAGCUCAUUCUUUCCAGUUCGACGGAGUUCUUGGUAUGCAGAUCAAGCAGCAGGACGUCUUGGAUGUCAUUGCCAAGCCGGUCAUAGAGGAUGUUCUUCAAGGCGUCAACGGAACCAUCUUCGCCUAUGGUCAAACAGGCAGUGGCAAGACCUUCACCAUCACGGGCGGUGCUUCGAACUACGAAGACCGUGGCCUGAUUCCUCGAACAAUCAGGCUCAUGUUCGAGGCAUUCCGCAAAGGGCCAGCCCAGUACCGCAUGUACAUAUCCUACCUGGAAAUCUACCAGGACAGCGGCUAUGACCUGCUGCGUGAUGACAGUGUCCGGCGUCUUGAAGAUUUGCCAAAGGUGGCGCUGCGCGAGGAUGAAGAUGGCAACAUGCACCUUCGCAACCUGUCGGUUAACCUUGCGGCAUCAGAGGAGGAUGCGUUGAAUCUGCUGUUCCUGGGCGACACAAACCGUGUUGUUGCUGAGACUCCAAUGAACGAUGCGAGUACGCGAUCGCACUGUUUGUUCAUUAUUUGGGUCGACUCCACACAAGCAGGAAGUGACGUGGUACGACGUUCCAAGCUGCACCUGGUCGACCUAGCAGGCAGCGAGCGGGUCUCGCAAACCGGAGUGGACGGGAAGCUUUUGCAAGAAGCGAAGGCCAUUAACCUAUCCCUGCACUACUUGGAGAGGGUCAUCGUGGCUUUGCAUUCUCGAUCGAAGGGCGUGCAGGCACAUGUACCAUACCGUGACUCCAUGAUGACCAGUGUUCUUCGCGACUCGCUGGGUGGCAAUUGUCGAACAACCAUGGUCGGCUGUAUUGCUGCAGAGGCAUCUAACAUCCCGGAGUCUAUCUCCACAUGCCGCUUUGCUCAACGAGUCGCUCAGAUCACCAACAAUGCCCGGGUAAACGAGGAACUCGACCCGAGCCUGCUCAUAUCCAGACUGAAAAAGGAGGUCGCAGAGCUCAAGGAAGAGGUGAAGGUUGCUCGUGCCAGCAAGGACGGCCAGGAAUCCGAGGCUUUGACCGCGGAUGCGCUUGACCAGUGCAGAGCUCUUGUUCAGCAGUACGUCUCUAAGGGUGUGAAGUCUGAGGAGCCGUUCAUGUGUGGCUCCGUUGAGAGGCUCCGCGCUUCGUUUCGCAUUCUGCGAGACAUGUGUCUGGAGGGGGAAGGCCAGCAAGGGUCCGACUCCGACACAGGACAUGUUGCUGCACUGGAGUCUGAAAUCAAGAAGCUGAAGUUAGAGGUUGCUCAGCGUGACCAGGAAAUCGCGGUGAUGGUGAAAAUGCUCACGAAGCAGCGCGGUGAGACCUCCCGGCCAUUCAUUGCAGCCUCACCACCUGGACCAACACCAGCAGCUGGAGCGCUUUCCCCGCAGAAGGAGUCUGCCAGCAGCCGGCCUGAGGUGGAAGGUGCGCAGCCUGCCUCUGGAAGUAGAAGCGCUCCUCCAGCCGUGGAGCCUGCAAAGCAAUCUCAACAGGACAGACCAGACAAGCGGAGACUUCCGCAAGCGACGGCGCCACCACCAAACGAAGCAGCUGAGCUUCUUCUAGACAAGCAGAAGGCAUUGGAGGUUUUCUGGCAAAAAGUGUACAGACCGCCAGAGGCAUUCCAAGAGAACAAGGCGCUGCUGAAAGCAAGGAUUGAGCAAGCACAAGCUUUGGGCAAGGAGGCAGUCCAGAUGAAGGCAGAAAUCGAUUCUGUCAAGACCAGGCUGUUGAGACUGCGGACAGAGCGGGCCAUGACAGCUGCUGGCUACGACGAUUCAGCGCCUGUGGAAGACGGUCCAGAAGAACUGGCAGAGGUGGCAGAGAUUGAGCGCCUGAUGUGCCAGUAUGGCGAGAAGAAGGGCGAGCUGCGUCGCGUAAAAAGCGACGUGGAAGGCAUCCAGCGGCUUCUUGAGCAGAAUCAGGUCAAAGUUCGACGCGAGUUCGAAACUUGGUUCGCAGGGCUCAGGAGUCGAGCGAACCUCUCCAAAAUGGACGAGGACGCCAAAAAAGAGCUCUUUGAUAAGGUGUCUGGCAACAGUGGUGCUACGACGCCCGUGUCGAAGGAAGCUACAGGAAAGGUUUCACCGGCUUCAGCCACGUCGGCAUCAAAGGUUAUGCUGACCAUGGCGCCUUCAGGGAUGCCUUCCAGCGCACCUCGCACGGAAGAGGAGCUUGCGGCCCUCUAUCGGGCGGUUGGAGAGCUUUCCCGAAGAUGA